GAUAAAAAUCUUUUCUCUAUGCUGAGUAAUGCUCACCUGUUUGAUACGUUUACAGUCAAAUAUGAUCAGUUUCGCGCUGACCAUCCUACACAUCGCUCUACAAAAUCGAAUUCUCGAAUCAACUUCAUUUGGUCAUCGGGUGACAUGAUUUCCAACUUCUCUCAUUGUGAUAUUGAAGAUGUUCUGCCCUCUGUAUUAGAUCACUCCAUUGUCGUUCUCAAAAUUGAUAACUUCCUCGCUGCUAAAAGUAAUAAAAGGAAUAUUUCUGCAAAAAUUGUCUUUGACUACGAAAAAAUGUCAGAUAACAAAUGGC